UGGAGGGGAGGGUUUAAGUCUCGCGAGUCCUUCCCGCCCUGUCCCGCCCAGCCGCUCCGCUUCCCGUUCCGGUCCCGCCGCCCCCUCAGCGGUGUCCGCCCCGCAGCUGUGUUUUAAGGAACUGGAACCAUGACAGACUCCAAGUACUUCACGACCAAUAAAAAAGGAGAGAUCUUUGAACUGAAGGCUGAGCUCAAUAAUGAGAAGAAAGAGAAGAGGAAAGAAGCUGUAAAGAAGGUUAUUGCAGCCAUGACAGUGGGGAAGGAUGUCAGCUCACUCUUCCCUGAUGUUGUGAACUGCAUGCAGACUGACAACUUGGAGCUGAAGAAGUUGGUCUACUUGUACCUGAUGAACUAUGCCAAAAGUCAGCCAGAUAUGGCCAUUAUGGCUGUCAACAGCUUUGUGAAGGACUGUGAAGACCCAAACCCCCUGAUCCGUGCUCUGGCUGUCCGGACCAUGGGAUGCAUCCGUGUGGAUAAGAUCACAGAGUAUCUGUGUGAGCCCCUUCGGAAGUGCCUCAAGGAUGAGGAUCCCUACGUCAGGAAAACUGCAGCUGUCUGUGUGGCCAAGCUGCAUGACAUCAAUGCCCAGAUGGUGGAGGACCAAGGAUUUCUGGAUUCUCUGCGGGACCUGAUUGCAGACUCCAAUCCCAUGGUGGUAGCAAAUGCUGUGGCUGCCUUGUCAGAAAUCAGUGAAUCACAUCCCAACAGCAACCUGCUGGAUUUGAACCCUCAGAACAUUAACAAGCUCCUGACAGCUUUGAAUGAAUGCACUGAGUGGGGCCAGAUCUUCAUCCUGGAUUGUCUGUCCAACUACAACCCCAAGGAUGAUCGUGAAGCUCAGAGUAUCUGUGAGCGGGUGACCCCUCGGCUCUCUCAUGCCAACUCAGCAGUGGUGCUGUCAGCAGUGAAGGUUUUGAUGAAGUUCCUGGAACUUCUUCCCAAGGAUUCUGACUAUUACAACAUGCUGCUGAAGAAACUUGCCCCUCCCCUGGUGACCUUGCUUUCUGGAGAGCCUGAAGUUCAGUAUGUUGCCCUGAGGAACAUCAACUUGAUUGUGCAGAAAAGGCCUGAAAUCCUGAAGCAGGAAAUCAAGGUGUUCUUUGUGAAGUACAACGACCCCAUCUAUGUCAAACUGGAGAAACUGGACAUCAUGAUCCGCCUGGCUUCUCAAGCAAACAUUGCCCAGGUCCUGGCAGAACUCAAGGAAUAUGCUACUGAGGUGGAUGUUGACUUUGUGCGCAAGGCUGUCCGAGCCAUUGGGCGCUGUGCCAUCAAGGUGGAGCAAUCUGCAGAGCGUUGUGUCAGCACCCUCUUGGACCUCAUCCAGACCAAGGUCAACUACGUGGUCCAGGAGGCCAUCGUGGUCAUCAGGGACAUCUUCCGCAAGUACCCCAACAAGUAUGAAAGCAUCAUUGCCACUCUAUGUGAGAACCUGGAUUCCCUGGAUGAGCCAGAUGCCAGAGCUGCCAUGAUCUGGAUAGUGGGUGAAUAUGCAGAGAGAAUUGACAAUGCAGAUGAGCUGCUGGAGAGUUUUUUGGAGGGCUUCCAUGAUGAAAGUACUCAGGUGCAGCUCACCCUCCUGACUGCUAUUGUGAAACUGUUCUUAAAAAAGCCUUCUGAGACCCAGGAGCUGGUUCAGCAGGUCCUCAGCCUGGCCACACAGGAUUCUGACAACCCAGAUCUGCGGGACCGUGGCUACAUCUACUGGCGCCUUCUCUCCACAGAUCCAGUGACUGCCAAAGAAGUGGUCCUCUCAGAAAAGCCACUUAUUUCUGAAGAGACUGAUCUGAUCGAGCCAACUCUACUGGAUGAGCUCAUCUGCCACAUUGGGUCUCUGGCUUCUGUGUACCACAAACCCCCCAAUGCUUUUGUGGAGGGGAGCCAUGGGAUCCACCGUAAACACCUCCCGAUUCACCAUGGAAGCAUUGAUGCAGGUGACAGUCCCGUGGGCACAACAGCCACCACAAACCUGGAGCAGACACAGGUCAUCCCCUUGCAGGGUGACCUUCUGGGUGACCUUCUCAGCCUGGAUCUGGGGCCACCAGUGAAUGUUCCCCAGGUGACCACCAUGCAGAUGGGUGCUGUGGACCUUCUGGGAGGAGGGCUGGACAGCUUGCUUGGCAGUGACCUUGGCGGGGGCAUUGGAGGGAGCCCGGCAGUGGGGCAGACCUACAUUCCCUCUGCUGUGCCAGCCACCUUUGCCCCUUCACCCACCCCAGCAGUGGUGAGCGGUGGACUCAACGAUCUCUUUGAGCUCUCCUCCAGUAUAGGGAUGGCUCCUGGAGGAUAUGUGGCUCCCAAGUCUGUUUGGUUGCCUGCAGUGAAAGCUAAAGGAUUGGAGAUCUCUGGCACCUUCAGUCACAGGCAGGGGCACAUCUACAUGGAGAUGAACUUUACCAAUAAGGCUUUGCAGCACAUGACUGAUUUUGCCAUUCAGUUCAAUAAGAACAGCUUUGGGGUCAUCCCGAGCACCCCGUUGGCCAUUCACACACCUCUGAUGCCAAACCAAAGUAUUGAUGUCUCCCUGCCCCUCAACACUCUGGGACCAGUCAUGAAAAUGGAGCCUCUGAACAACCUUCAGGUGGCUGUGAAAAACAACAUUGAUGUCUUUUACUUCAGCUGCCUAAUCCCCCUCAAUGUGCUUUUCGUGGAGGAUGGCAAAAUGGAGCGCCAGGUCUUCCUUGCAACAUGGAAGGAUAUUCCAAAUGAAAAUGAACUUCAGUUUCAGAUUAAAGACUGUCACCUGAAUGCUGACACUGUCUCCAGCAAGCUCCAGAACAACAACGUUUACACCAUUGCCAAGAGGAACGUGGAGGGCCAGGACAUGCUCUACCAGUCUCUAAAACUCACCAAUGGCAUCUGGAUCUUGGCAGAGCUUCGCAUUCAGCCAGGGAACCCAAACUACACGCUCUCCCUGAAAUGCCGAGCUCCUGAAGUGUCCCAGUACAUCUACCAGGCCUAUGAUGCCAUCUUGAAAAACUAACAGGACAUCAGCCUGUGCCUCACCCUGCAGAAGGAGAGGGGGAGAAAAAGGGGUCCCCAGCUCUUCCUUCACCACCAGGGCAGGGCAAAGCACUCUCUCCACUGGAAGCAACUGUAUUCAUGUGUAGGAUUUCAGUCAAAGGCACUGAUUAACCAAGGUAGCAAUUAGUAUCCACGUGCUAACGAUGAUAGGGAACAAAAACCCCUUUGGUAUUUUUAGCGUCCAUGGAGUUUGUAACCACUGCUUCAAUUCCUCCCACGUUUCCCCCUCGCCCCUCACUCAUCCCUUCUCGUGGGCUUCUCCAUUUUGUGCCAAUGUUCAGUGUUUUCUAAAUGGCUUUAGGCGUAGUUAUGAUUUUUUUGUAAAAACAACCUCUCAUUGAAGAAACAAGCAAAAACCACACGUGGGCUCAUUAAAACAAGGCAAAAGUGUCGAAAAUGUAACACUGCACUUUAUAUUUUUUAUACUUUUUUUUUUCUUCCUUUCUUUCUUUUGAGUUUUUCUAUUGUAAUUGGCUUAAAGGGAAGGUGAUUCCAAGGAAGUAUUGAGAGCCCUGCAGGGAUGUCAGCCUCGGGGAACCUAGGAACAGAGCCAUCAGUUCAGUCCAUGGAGGCCCAGAUGGAGCCCCAAAGAGGGUGUUUUUUUAUUAUGCCUGUACUGGCAGUCUCAGCUCUGCUUUUGAUGGUCUGUUUGAACUCCAACCAUCUCCCUGGCUCGUUAGCUGCUGUUGUGUGGGGAGGAGCUGCAGACCUAGAUUGGUAAUGGGACAGCAGCAGCUGAAAUGAAGGAAAAAAACCUGUUCUUAGAGCAGAAGGCUCUUGCCAGCACUCCAGGUAUAAUCUCUGUGUCUUCACCCAACUGCAGCCCCUCUUCUUGUUCUUUCUGUGCCUGCUACAGCCAAACUGCCUUCUUGGCCAUCCCCUGAGCUGUGCCACCUUCACCCAGCCUCUGCAGAGAGGGGCUGCUGCUGGCAGUGUUCUGGGGCACUGCAGGGAGCAGAGCAGCUCUCCCUCUUCUCCUGCUGUCCCCCAAACCCAGGCUGUGGCACAGGGGGGGGUGGUUUGGACUCAGUGGUAUUUUGCACCUUGCCUGCCCCGGGGGUUUGAGGUCAGUCUGAGAGUUGAGAAGAUCAUGGAAGUGUUUCUUCCAUUUGCAGCUUGGCUCUUUGUGCCCAAAGGCACGUGGUAAGAAGGGCCAGUUGGGUUCCUGCUCUUCCCCCCUGUCCCAAGCAGCCCCGUGCCCUGGCCCCUCUUUUCCCACCCAUCCUUAGGGCCAGGACCCCUUCCCUUUCCAGUCCAGGGCUGUGGACUCCCCACAUUGCAACCACUAAGUGCUGUGGCAACAGCAGCGAAAGCAAAGCAGCCUCUUGCAUGUCCUUGCCCCAUUCAUAGCUUCUCCUGCUUAAACCCAAGCCUCUAACCAGAACAGCUUUGCCCUCCCCAGCAUGCUUUGAUGCCAUCUCCUACCCAGCAAGCAAAGCUCUUGUGCAUAGCAGCCCCCAUCUUGUCUUUUUAGAUGCUACAUUUAAAGUCAGUAAAUGUUUUGUGGUGGGAACUGGUUCAUCAGGGCUUUGGCACUGUCUGCAAACAUGAAGUGUCCUGGAAAAGACUCCAGCAGGACAUGGCAGGAAAAGAUUCCAUGCAGGACCCUGAGGAAGGUGGUGCCCCUGUGUAGGAACCCUGGUGUGUGCUCUGGCUGGGGAAAAAGUGGAGCAGAGCUGGAGCAAUCCAGCCCUUGAGCCCUGCCCAUGAGUGCUGGGAGGUUUAGUUGCUCCAGGCACUGCUGGGCCUCCACAAAAAUCAUUAAUAGGACAAUUAAGGAAGCACCAGUGGCACCGAGUGCCACGCUGUGUCGGGGCAGGGAGGAGAUGCCAGAGGGUCAGGAAGAUUCACUUAACCCUCCCUCCACUAACUCUGCUGGUGUAGCUUGGAUGCAGGGAGGGGGGAUGCUGAGCAUCCCUUUCUCUUGCCAGAUUUCUUCCCAGCUUUUGGGAGGUGUGGGUGUCUGCACUGUGGGGCAGAGCCCGGGCUCUCUGGGUGGUGCUUUGCCCUCCUGUCCCACCGUGCUGCUCGUUUGAGUGUUGGCCAUGUGGUUGUGUUGCUCUUCAGGCUUUCCCUGCCCUCCAUGUCAAUAAAUUCAUCUCCACGAGG